UGCGAGCACCGCAAAGACGUCAACAAUGCAGAAAUAGCCGAGGCGGAGGCGAAAGAUCCAUGGACUUGGUGGAAUAGCCUGCGCUUUGCCGUCAAGCACAACAGCAAAGUGAAAGUUGUAAUUGAGCUGAAUGACUUGGAUCGUCCCAGUAAGGAGACGGUUCGCCUGUGGCUGGGCGAGCCCAUCAAAGCCAUUAUCAUUCCGUCCUCUCUGUUCAUCCGAAACAAAGCCAACUACUAUGUUCUGCAGAAGCAGUGGCAAAUAGUCAUAGGCCACUUUCUCUCGGCACGGGCCAAUAUAAUAAUCUCCGCCAAUCCGAAUGGCCUGUCUAUUUCCCAGUACGCCGAUUAUUUGCGGAAACUCGCCAGUGACCACAACGACAGCCACAUUCUUAAUAGCUAUGAAAACGUUCUGAAGAUUCCACUGCAACCUCUCCUCGAUAAUCUGGAUAGCUAUACAUACGAGGUGUUCGAGUCGGAUCCAGUGAAGUAUAAAAUCUACCAGAUCGCGGUAAAAGCGGCUCUGAUUGAUCGAGUGAGCGACAUAGACGCGCCGAACAAGCUGACCGUAGUGAUGUUGCUGCGUGGGGGACGUGGUCCUUUAGCGAGGGCCAUCUUUAAUGCCGCGGAACUGACAAAGCGUCAGGUGCGACUCUACAUCAUCGAAAAGAAUCCCAAUGCCAUUCGCACCCUCUCCCACAUGGUAGAUACUCUUUGGGAAGACAAAGAUGUGCACAUAUUCUCCAAGGACAUGCGCGACUUUUCACCUCCAGAGCAGGCUGAUAUUCUCGUCUCCGAGCUGCUUGGCUCGUUUGGGGAUAACGAACUGUCGCCAGAGUGCCUUGACGGCGCAUUGAAGCUGCUCAAAACGGAUGGCAUAAGCAUACCCUACAAGUCAACGUCGUACAUCAAUCCAAUCAUGUCGGCAGUGCUGCAUCAGAAUGUCAGCCAGAUGGACACCACCGUUCCAGCCUUCGACUAUGGUUAUGUAUCACUCCUCAAAAACGUUUAUCACAUUGACAAUCCCCAAGCGCUGUUUGAAUUCUCACAUCCGAAUCGUGAGGCGACUAUUGACAAUACACGCUGCAAGGAGAUCUCUUUUACUGUCCAAAAAGACUGCGUGCUACAUGGCAUUGGUGGCUAUUUUGAUACAAUGCUUUAUAAGGAUAUCCACCUGAGCAUCAACCCACUGACCCACACGCCCGGCAUUUUCUCGUGGUUUCCCAUGUUCUUUCCGACACAUCCGAGGACCCUCAAGGAGGGACAGACAAUCUCAGUCAAGAUCUGGCGCUGCGUUGAUGCGGACAAGGUGUGGUACGAGUGGCAGGUGAGCACACGAGAGGCCUGGGAGCAUCACAAUGCGGGUGGAAGUGGCUACCACAUUCGACUUUAGUUACAUUCAAUCUUUCGAGAAUUGACCACCAAUAAAAAUACAAAUAUUAUAA